GGGGCAUCUGGGUGAGGGGGGCUAGAGUAAUCAAGGCUGAAACUCACUCUAUUGAGUUUGAACCCAAGACCUCCCGUAAGGGAGAGUGAGUCGGCUUCCAGCUGGGCUAGACCUCUUCCUCAAAAUAAAUGUAAGGGGAAUUGAUAGGCCCAAUUUUAUUAUUCAAUUUUAAUAUUUUAUCUUGUUAUUUUGGGCCUAUUUUAAUUCAUUUUUGGGAAUUAAUGACUAAUUUGGACUUCACUUAUUUCUUUAUUAGGAAAGGGAGAAUUUGGAAAGAAUUUUAACUCUUGGGGCCAAAUUGCAAGAAAUGGAUACUUGAAGCUAAAAACAUUCCAAUCAGCACCUUAGCCAUAUUGAAGUGCCGUAUACCUCUCUUAAGAAGGCAUUAGUUUUCAAUUUCCAAGUCUUGAACAUCAUGCGUGAGUAUCUCCUCGGCCCCGCAGCGAAAUCCCAGCCUUAGUCAAAAUUAAUGGGUGUAGUCGUUGGAGAUUAACUUGCCAAUUUUGAAGAGCCGAGAAUCUGCCACUCCGUCCUAUAAAACGCAGCAGCGCAGCAGCAGAUAAGGGAGGAGGAACGGAGGUGAAAACUGGAGAGAAAGACAGAGGAACUCAGCCGCUCCUUCAUCGAUCAUCUUCGGUUUUUCAUUCUCUAUUAAUUAGUUAGUUUAAUUUCAGAUUUCCUAGUUCUUGUAUUUCAAUUUCAGAACUUUUACUUUCAUGUUUAUGCUAUUGAAAGGUGAUUUCUUCCAUACCUUAGGUAUGAUAUUUGGCUAGAUUUUUACCCGAGGGAUUUGGGAUUAAAGCUUGGUAAUAAGUGAUUAUCUCUUGUGUUUGGUUCUUCCAUUGUAAUCGACAGAUUAUUUUUCCAAUUAAAUUUAUUUUAUGAAUUUCAUUGAUGAAUUUUGCAUUGAGCUCAUGCUUAAUUCUUAUUGUUAGGUAUCGUGUGAUGCACCGACGGGUGAGGCAUGAUAUUUGAGCCCGUAAAAUAAACAUGAUUCACCUAUACUAGACAUAGUUGGGGAAUUGUGGUGACUUUCAAUUGUCGCUUUUUGGCUAGUUAAGUUUAGUGUUCAAUCGACGGAUUAACACUAGCUUAACCGGUACGCGCUAAUAUCUCGACGGAGAAUUAGCAUAUUUUAGAACCAAUUGUCACUUUAAUUGCUUGAACCGACACUGAGAUUUUCUAUUAAUAUCAAGUGUAUAACCCGAAUCCCGAGGGCCGUUUUAUCUAUUGUCUACUUGAUUAAUUCUUAAUUCUGGUUUUACUCCUCGCUCUUAUCUUAUCAAAAUCAAAUCAAAAUCAGUUUUUACUUUGUUGAUAGAAACUUAAACCAUUAUAGUUCAAUUUGUGCUCCUCGUGGGAUCGACCCUGGAAUACUCUGGGUUUUACUACGACCGAUCUGUACACUUGCAGAAAAAAGCGGUCAAGUUUUGGCGCCGUUGCCGGGGAGCGCUUAAAUUGUUUCUUUUUGGUUGUGUUUCUGUUAACUACUUUUUUUUUCUUUCAUUUUUUCUGUUUUAUUAUCACUGCAUUAUGCUUCACAAUUCAUUCAGUAAGUGCAGGUUUGUAUGCGAUUAAGGGGAUCCAGAACCCAGCCUAACGCAGAUUUGGAACCCUUAGAUCUUGAAAUUGAACGCACUUUUAGACAAAGAAGAGCAAGAAGAAGGUUAGUUAUGGCGAACGAUAACAAUAAUAGGCAAGUUGUUGUCCCGCCACCUCCACGUUUGAGGGAUAUCCAACGUCCGGUAAUAGCCGCCAACCCUUCUUGUAUUUUACUUUCUGAUGCCGCAAGAAACUAUGAGCUCAAAAAUAUACAUCUUAAUAUGCUUCCCUCCUUUAAUGGUUUGGGAACUGAGGAUGCAUUAGGAUUCAUGCGUGAGCUUUAUAGUACGGUACAAACUUUUCCUUUAAAUAAUUUAUCCGAAGAUGAGCUUCGCAUGAGAUGUUUUCCUUAUUGCAUGAAAAGUGAGGCUAGACAGUGGUUGUUAAAUUUGCCAGAACGCUCUCUAACCAAUUGGGAGCAAGUUUAUGAUGCUUUCAUGUUCAAAUUCUAUUCUAACCAGAAAACAAUGGAUUAUAGGAGUAGAAUUUGCAAUUUUGUUCAAGGGGAAAGGGAAUUAUUUCAUGAAGCAUGGGAAAGGUUUAAUUUAUUUUUGAACCAGUGCCCCCACCAUCAGUUUUCUGUGUUACUUUUAACUCAAUUUUUCUAUGAUGGUCUUACUCCGAAUUGCCAAACUCUUGUAGAUACUGCUUGUGGUGGUUAUACAGGAGAUAAAAAUGCUAAUGAGUUAUGGGACAUUUACAAGAAUUUGGCUACUAAUUCUCAACAGAAGGCUGUGAGAGGUCGCAGGGCGGUUGUGCACGAAGUGAACGCCCAACCUGAUUUGGCCACACAAUUGGCUGAGCUAAAUAAUCAAAUGAAGUUGUUGAUGACUCGUGAGAGUCCAAGCAGCGAGGUAUGUGCCUUUUGUGGUUCAAUUGGACACAAUGCUAACUUAUGUAUUCAUGCAGGUAUGAAUCAACAACCUGGUGAAGAGGUGAACUAUAUGGGAGCCUAUGGAAAUAAGCAAAAUCAGCCGCAAAAGAACGACCCCUUCUCAAACACAUAUAAUCCAGGUUGGCGGAGUCACCCUAACUUCUCAUGGAAGGAUCCGGGCAAUGCUAGGCCAGUGGGACCUCCUGGGUUCCAGCAAGCACAAGUUACCCCAUUUCAGCAACAAGUAAUGCCUCCGUACCAGUUCCAAAUGCCAGAAAAGAACCCACAAUUUGAAGAAUUAGUCGUGCAGUACAUGGCGAAUCAAGAUGCAACCAUGAAAAAAAUGGAUGCUAAAAUUGACAAGGUGGUGCAAUCUAACCAAGCUUCGAUUCAUACUCUCGAAGUGCAAGUUGGGCAAUUAGCUAGAAUGGUAACGGAGAAGGACAAAGGCAAGCUUCCAGCAAGCACUGAUGUUAAUCCAAGGGACGCAAUGGCAGUCACAUUAAGAAGCGGAAAAAAACUGCCUAACACUAUUCAAGAGAGAAGUCUGGACAAGGACAUUGCUGUCCAAAGGCAAGUUGCUGCACAAGAGGUAACCAGAGAUCAAGUUGACCAGCCAAACACCAAGAAUAAUGUGGUUCAACCAGCUGAAACUGAGGCAGAAAAGCCAUAUGUUCCUCCAGAGCCGUAUGUACCUCCUAUUCCUUAUCCACAGAGGCUGCGUAAGAGGAACCAAGAUAAUAAUUUUCAGAGGUUCUUAGAGAUCUUUAAGAAGUUGCAAGUCAAUAUUCCAUUUGCUGAAGCACUUGCUAGGAUGCCAUCAUAUGCCAAGUAUAUCAAAGAGUUGGUGUCAAACAAGAAGAAACUCGAGGAGUUUGUGACUGUCCAGUUAAGUGAAGAGUGCAGUGCCAUACUACAGAGCAAACUGCCACCAAAGUUAAAAGAUCCAGGGAGUUUUUCUAUACCCUGCACUAUUGGUAAUUUUGUUAUUGAUAAAUGCUUAUGUGAUUUAGGUGCUAGUAUCAAUUUGAUGCCUUUAACUGUUUGCAAAACACUUGGAAUUGUUGAUAUAAAGCCCACUACUGUUUCUUUACAACUGGCUGAUAGGUCGGUUAAGUAUCCGCUUGGUGUUGUUGAAGAUGUCCUAGUUAAAGUGGGUAAAUUUUAUUUUCCCGCAGAUUUUCUCGUGCUUGAUAUAGGAAUUGAUUCUGAUACUUCUCUUAUUUUGGGCAGACCUUUUUUAUUAACUGGCGGGGUUUUGAUUGAUAUGCCUCAAGGAAAAUUAAUUUUUCGGGUUGGGGUUGAAAAAGAGGAGUUUACUAUUGCUAAGGCUGUUAAUUUUCCUGCUUUUGAUGAUUCUUGUUAUGCUUUAGACUCAGUUGAUUCUCUUGUUUCUGAAACUUUUGCUAAGCAUUCAUUUUGUGAACCUCUUGAAGCAUGUAUUGCUCUUAAUUUGAAUGAAAAAGAGGAAGAUUCUGUUUUUUCUGAUUGUGUGAUGAGUUUAGAGGGUCGAGGUUCAUUAACCAGUAACUUUGGAAAGAAAUAUGAGGAUUUAGGUAGAAGCACCCCUCCCCUUCCUCCCUCACAUGAAUCACCUCCACAACUUGAGCUUAAACCUCUUCCUUCAAAUCUGAAAUAUGCAUUUCUUGGAAAUAAUAAUACUUUUCCAGUGAUUGUUUAUGCUUAUUUGAAGCCUGAAGAAGAGGAAAUGUUGUUAUCUCUUUUGAAGAAGUACAGGGCAGCUUUAGGAUGGUCUAUUGCUGAUGUUAAAGGUAUAUCUCCCUCGAUUUGCAUGCAUAAAAUCUUAUUAACAGAUGAUCAUACUCCUUGUGUGCAAGCCCAAAGACGUCUUAACCCUAAUAUGAAAGAAGUUGUGCGGGCAGAAAUUCAUAAGUUGCUGGAUUCAGGUAUUAUCUAUCCUAUCUCAGAUAGCUCGUGGGUUAGCCCAGUUCAGGUUGUUCCGAAAAAGGGGGGUAUUACAGUUGUUAGUAAUGAUAAAAAUGAAUUAAUACCUACCAGGACUGUGACUGGGUGGAGGGUUUGUAUAGACUAUAGAAAGCUUAAUGCUGCGACCCGAAAAGAUCACUUCCCGCUACCUUUCAUUGAUCAGAUGUUAGAACGCCUAGCUGGUUAUGCAUAUUACUGUUUUCUUGAUGGUUUUUCGGGUUAUUUUCAAAUUCCUAUUGCUCCAGAAGAUCAGGAAAAAACCACAUUUACAUGCCCGUUUGGUACGUUCGCUUUUAGAAGAAUGUCUUUUGGCCUUUGUAAUGCACCUGCUACUUUUCAGAGAUGUGUGAUGUCUAUAUUUUCUGAUAUGGUUGGUGACAUUAUUGAAGUUUUCAUGGACGAUUUUUCUGUGUUUGGCAUGUCUUUUGAUUGUUGUUUAACUAAUCUGGAACGUGUUUUAGCGAGAUGCGUGGAAACUGAUCUUGUACUUAAUUGGGAAAAAUGUCAUUUUAUGGUCACUCAAGGUAUUGUUCUAGGACAUAAAGUUUCUGCUCAGGGAAUUGAAGUUGAUAGGGCUAAGGUUGAGGUUAUUGAAAAGUUACCUCCUCCUACGUCCGUAAAAGCUGUUAGAAGUUUUUUAGGACACGCUGGUUUUUACAGAAGGUUUAUUAAAGAUUUUGCUAAAAUUGCAAAACCUCUCUGUAAUUUACUAGUAAAAGAUACACCUUUUCUGAUGGAUGAAAACUGUUUGCAUGCUUUUAAUGUUUUGAAACAAGCUUUAACUUCUUCUCCUAUUAUAGUUGCUCCUGAUUGGACUUUGCCUUUUGAAUUAAUGUGUGAUGCGAGUGAUUUUGCUUUAGGGGCAGUUCUGGGCCAACGAAGAGAGAAGAGUCUGCAUGUUAUUUGUUAUGCUAGUAGGGUGUUGAAUGAUGCUCAAAUUAAUUAUGCAACUACUGAAAAAGAGUUUCUAGCGAUCGUUUUUGCUCUUGAUAAAUUUCGUUCUUAUCUUGUUGGAUCAAAAGUGAUAGUUUUUACCGAUCACUCUGCAUUGAGGCAUCUUCUAUCGAAGAAAGACGCAAAACCUAGACUAAUAAGAUGGGUUUUACUACUGCAGGAGUUUGAUUUAGAAAUAAGAGACAAAAAGGGGUCGGAAAACCUUGUUGCUGACCACUUGUCUCGUUUAGAGCAUACACAAGCUGUAAUUCCUGAGAAACCAAUAAAUGAUGAGUUUCCAGAUGAGGGCCUUUGGGCCAUUGAUAAAUCUAUAGUUCCUUGGUUUGCUGAUUAUGUGAAUUUCCUAGUUUCUAACAUUGUUCCGCAGGACCUAAGUUACCACCAGAAAAAGAAGUUCUUUGCCGAUGUCAAGCAUUAUAUGUGGGAUGACCCCUUGCUCUUUAAACGAUGUGCUGACGGAAUUGUGAGGAGAUGUGUGCCCGAGGAAGAGAUGGUCCAGAUUCUCAACGAUUGUCAUUCCUCGCCUUACGGUGGUCAUCAUGGGGCUGAGCGGACAGCAGCAAAAGUUCUGCAAAGCGGCUUCUAUUGGCCAACUCUUUUUAAGGAUACUAGGAGUUUUGUGAUGGCGUGUGAUAGAUGCCAGCGUACUGGAACCAUCGGUAAGAGGCAUGAAAUGCUUCAACAAGGUAUUUUUGAAGUUGAAUUGUUUGAUUUGUGGGGUCUGGACUUUAUGGGUCCAUUUCCUCCUUCUAAUGGUAAGCUUUAUAUUCUUGUUGCGGUCGAAUAUGUGUCUAAAUGGGUAGAGGCAGUUGCCUUACCUGAUAAUACCGCAAAAAGUGUGGUCAAGUUCGUUAGGUCUCUCAUAUCCCGCUUUGGUGUGCCUAGAGCUUUCAUUUGCGAUAAUGGUGUGCAUUUUAAAAAUUCUCAAUUUUUAUCCUUGCUUUCCAAAUUUGGUUGUCAUCUCAAAUCUGGAACCACUUACCAUCCGCAAUCAAGUGGACAGGUAGAGGUUUCCAACCGCGAGAUUAAGUCUAUUCUUGAAAAAACAGUGAACUCAACUCGGAAAGAUUGGUCAUUAAAGUUGCUUGAUGCAUUAUGGGCUUAUAGGACUGCCUAUAAAACACCCUUAGGGAUGUCUCCGUAUAGGUUAGUCUAUGGUAAGUCUUGUCAUCUCCCUGUUGAGUUAGAACACCGUGCUUAUUGGGCUGUCAAAACUUUGAAUUAUGACUUGAAAGCUGCAGGUGAAAAGAGAUUGCUUCAGUUGAAUGAACUUGAUGAGAUUCGCCGAGAAUCCUAUGAGAGCUCUCGAAUUUUUAAAGAAAGGACUAAGGCAUGGCAUGAUAAAAAAAUUCUAAGGAGGGAGUUUAAGGAAGGGCAAGAAGUUUUGUUAUUUAACUCUCGUCUUAAGCUUUUUCCAGGUAAACUGAAAUCCAGGUGGUCAGGGCCCUUUGUUGUGACCAAAGUUCAUCCUUAUGGAGCAAUUGAGAUCGAGGGCAGUGAGAAGAGGCCAUUUGUGGUCAAUGGACAAAGAUUGAAACACUUUUUUCGCGGGGAGCCAGUUUCUAAUGCUGAGUCAAACACCCCCCAUUCGGAUUGACGUAUUUUUUGAAGUGUCUAGCUCUAGACGUUAACUAAAGCGCUUAUUGGGAGGCAACCCAACAUUCAUUACAUUAUCCUUUACUUUUCAGUUUUUUUUCAGCUUUCUACUUUCUUCGUUUUCUGUUUUUUUUUUCCUUUUGUUUGCAGAAUAAAUGAUGAUCCGAUGAUGGAGCAUAGCUUGGAUAUAAUCCAGCUGAGUUCUUCUAAAUAAAUAUUUCAGGGAGUACUCUUUUCCCUUCCUCUUUUACUGAUUAACAUUGAGGACAAUGUUUUCUUCAAGUGUGGGGGAGGUUGUUUGGUUUUGGCCUUAAAUUUCAGCAGCUUUGAUCUUGAAUUCUUCCCCAGUUUGGACCUUUUAUGGCCUAUGAUGAAUUUAAUGCCUUGUUAGCACCAAUUUUAGUUACUUUCAAACAUAAAGCUAGUAUUUUUUUUCAAUAUGUCACUUCUAUUCAUCACUUUCGGAUUUAAAAACAGUUUGUUUGAGCUGUUUUUGUUCUACUGUUUUUGCUAAUACACCUGAAUUUUGAGCCUUCUCCAUAAGUGUGCUGGGCAUUUUUUUUAAUGUUAAUGCAGUUCUGCAAUUCAAAUGUGUUUUUUUUGGGCAAGGUUUAAACUAUAGAAUGAUGGAAUGAUUUUAUGAAAAGAAACACUUGUCUUCUGACCCUUGAAGUGCUAGUUGUUUUUAUUUAGAGGGCUGUUAUCUUGUUGCUAAUCAUAUUAGUUUCCAGCUGGUUUUUAAAGAUCAGAUUCUGCACUCUCUUUUAAUACUAAGAAUAGCAUGGUCAUAUUGUUUUAUACUAGCAAUGUGUUUGAGUAGCUAAAGUUGAUUCUAACUUGGCAUUCCUGAGGCAAGUAAGUAAAUCAGUUCAUAAGGGUCUUCCUGGGAGAACUCUAAGUAUUCUGUUGUGCUCAAGUUGGACUUUGCAUGUGCUCAUUUUUUUUGCUGGAGGACAAGCAAGACCCUAAGUGUGGGGGAAUUUGAUAGGCCCAAUUUUAUUAUUCAAUUUUAAUAUUUUAUCUUGUUAUUUUGGGCCUAUUUUAAUUCAUUUUUGGGAAUUAAUGACUAAUUUGGACUUCACUUAUUUCUUUAUUAGGAAAGGGAGAAUUUGGAAAGAAUUUUAACUCUUGGGGCCAAAUUGCAAGAAAUGGAUACUUGAAGCUAAAAACAUUCCAAUCAGCACCUUAGCCAUAUUGAAGUGCCGUAUACCUCUCUUAAGAAGGCAUUAGUUUUCAAUUUCCAAGUCUUGAACAUCAUGCGUGAGUAUCUCCUCGGCCCCGCAGCGAAAUCCCAGCCUUAGUCAAAAUUAAUGGGUGUAGUCGUUGGAGAUUAACUUGCCAAUUUUGAAGAGCCGAGAAUCUGCCACUCCGUCCUAUAAAACGCAGCAGCGCAGCAGCAGAUAAGGGAGGAGGAACGGAGGUGAAAACUGGAGAGAAAGACAGAGGAACUCAGCCGCUCCUUCAUCGAUCAUCUUCGGUUUUUCAUUCUCUAUUAAUUAGUUAGUUUAAUUUCAGAUUUCCUAGUUCUUGUAUUUCAAUUUCAGAACUUUUACUUUCAUGUUUAUGCUAUUGAAAGGUGAUUUCUUCCAUACCUUAGGUAUGAUAUUUGGCUAGAUUUUUACCCGAGGGAUUUGGGAUUAAAGCUUGGUAAUAAGUGAUUAUCUCUUGUGUUUGGUUCUUCCAUUGUAAUCGACAGAUUAUUUUUCCAAUUAAAUUUAUUUUAUGAAUUUCAUUGAUGAAUUUUGCAUUGAGCUCAUGCUUAAUUCUUAUUGUUAGGUAUCGUGUGAUGCACCGACGGGUGAGGCAUGAUAUUUGAGCCCGUAAAAUAAACAUGAUUCACCUAUACUAGACAUAGUUGGGGAAUUGUGGUGACUUUCAAUUGUCGCUUUUUGGCUAGUUAAGUUUAGUGUUCAAUCGACGGAUUAACACUAGCUUAACCGGUACGCGCUAAUAUCUCGACGGAGAAUUAGCAUAUUUUAGAACCAAUUGUCACUUUAAUUGCUUGAACCGACACUGAGAUUUUCUAUUAAUAUCAAGUGUAUAACCCGAAUCCCGAGGGCCGUUUUAUC